UGGGCAGCAGCAAUUGAAAGUUUGGACUAUGACAGCAAGUCAGAUAGAAGCUUUGGCAUGAAGCAAAGGCCUGAUGGUGAUAUUGAGAUUGAUGAAAAAUUUUGGGAGGCGGAUUUUCACAUCCCAACUUGUGAAAAAUGCAAUGGAGUGCUCAAACCUGAUGUUGUCUUCUUUGGUGAUAAUGUUCCUAAGGAUAGAGCUGAUAAAGCAAUGGAAGCAGCAAAAGGAUGUGAUGCCAUGCUUGUACUUGGAUCAUCUCUGAUGACCAUGUCUGCUUUCAGGCUUGUUAGGGCUGCUCAUGAAGCAGGUGCUGCUAUUGCAAUUGUAAAUGUAGGAGUGACCAGGGCGGAUGAUUUUGUGCCCUUAAAAAUAAAUGCUCGACUUGGAGAGAUACUGCCAAGAUUACUCAACAUGGGUUCUCUCAGCAUCCCUGCGCCCAUGCAAUUAUAA